AUGCCAACGACACAUCCGACAGCAGCAACACCCAGAGCUGUUUCUAUGCCAAUAGAUAAUUAUUAUUAUAAAGAUCCGUUACAAAAGGAUUUACCUCCAAUACCUACUGAGGAUACUAGUCAAGUAAAUGUUUAUGUAAACGAAACUCAAAGCCACAGUACUCGUGGAGAAACUUUUCACGGAGCAUCGGACGAGUCUGCUGGUAGUAUGGACGGUAGUAACAGUAACUCUCGUUAUUCGACAGACGAAAACGGCCAAUUCCAUCCCGCAAAGGAAAAACUAGAUAACGAUGUCUUAUCGCAUGGAUUGAAUAACGAGGUUCAAGCAGGACGGAAUGGUCCAACAAUAUUGAGGGAUUCACCUGAACCUUCAGAAUUACCCUCGUAUUCAGCCCCUGACGAAGAAAUGGAAAAGUCUUCAAGAAAAAUCCCGGCUGUACCUCGGGAAGUACCUCGACAAUACCAGCAAGCUCCUACUCCUGUCAUUACUACUUCAGACCCGAAUGGAGAAACAGUUUCGAAUAACACAACUGCAUCAGAUACAAGUAAUCAUCAUGCAAAAGUUAAACCCAAAAAGGUUUUGGGUAAUUAUACUUUAACAAAAACCUUAGGUGCUGGUAGUAUGGGUAAAGUCAAAUUAGCCGUGCAUUCAUUAUCCGGUGAUAAGUUGGCUGUAAAAAUCAUUCCACGUGUAACUUCAUCUGACAAGCAUGAUGCGAAAGAUAAAGACUCUUCCUCAAAAGAUGAUAACAAGGAAACUCGCACAAUUCGCGAGGCAUCGAUAAUGCUUUUGUUGCAUCAUCCCUAUAUAGUGCAACUUAAGGAAGUUAUGGUAUUACCACACUAUUAUUAUAUGUUUUUCGAAUAUGUUAAUGGUGGCCAAAUGUUGGAUUAUAUUAUCAGUCAUGGGAAACUAAAAGAAAAGCAUGCAAGAAAAUUUGCCAGACAAAUAGCAAGUGCUUUGGAUUAUUGUCAUAGAAAUUCAAUUGUGCAUCGAGAUUUGAAAAUCGAAAAUAUUCUCAUCUCUAAGAACGGCUCAAUUAAAAUAAUUGAUUUUGGACUAUCGAAUUUAUAUUCACCGCGAUCUCACCUUUCUACGUUUUGUGGCUCACUGUAUUUUGCGGCCCCUGAAUUACUAAAUGCGAAAUUAUAUACCGGACCGGAGGUGGACGUAUGGAGUUUCGGAAUUGUUCUUUACGUACUUGUAUGCGGUAAAGUACCUUUCGAUGAUCAAAGCAUGCCUGCUUUGCAUGCUAAAAUUAAGAGGGGAGUUGUUGAAUACCCUGGAUGGUUGAGUAGCGAUUGUAAGCACCUCCUUUCACGUAUGCUCGUUACCAAUCCAAUGCAUCGAGCCUCUCUUGCCGAAGUGAUGGGUCACCCUUGGAUGAAUAAAGGAUAUGAUGGACCGCCAGAAAAUUACUUACCAUUACGUUCUCCACUUACCCUUCCGCUGGAUCCUGAAGUGAUUCGUGGCAUGACAGGUUUUGAAUUUGGUACUGAACAAGAAAUUAAAUCACGUCUUGAAAAUAUAAUCAAAAGUGAUUCUUAUCAAGGUUCAAUAAAGGCUCAACAGUAUUUUGGUGGUUUAUCUGACAGUAGAAAGAAGAGUGGAAGUUUCGAUUAUUAUCGUAGAAAAUUAUCAGGCUCGAGUAGUUCAAUUCACGAAGAUAAAACCAUAACAGCUGAUCCUACUCAAGCGGUUCAUCCAUUAAUCUCAAUUUAUUACCUUGUCAGAGAAAAAAUUGAAAGAGAUCAUUUAAUACAACAAGGUGGACUUCCUCAAUUUGGCUCAUCAUCAUCGCUCAAUGAAACAACUAAUUUGCACAUUCCUCAUAUCCUGGUACCUGAUCCUUCACAUCCAAGUGAAACUAGCUUCGAUGGUAAUAUGCGCGGCACAGCACCACCUGUAACAAAUGCAAAUACACCUAUAAGACGUGCAACAGUUCCUUCUGGAACUAGGCCUCGUGCGAGAACGAGUGGUGAGAGUGAUUUGCUAAAUAUGAUUGUUGUUCCACCUGUGGUGGAUGAAGGAGGAAUUCCCGAAGAAACUAUGGAUGAAGCUAGUGGUGAAUUAAUUAUUGGUAGGAAAAGCAGUGAACAACCAACAAAUAAUAGUAUUACAAGUCCAGGUGGUGGACUAAUAAGACGCUUGAGUUUAGCAAUAGUGGGGCCACCGCGAGAUUCUGUGUCACCACCUAGUUCACCGGUUUCAACUAGUUCCGCUUCCUCAAGAGAACAUCGACGUCAUGUCUCAGCUUCAAAUGGUCCUAAAAGAGAAGGUUCCGGCUAUUUCUCCCAUAGGAUUUCCACUAUAUUAUCUAGGGCAACUUCUGGUUCUGAAGUAGAUUAUAAGCGACAUCGUCCAAGAAGUUCAGUCGGUAAUACUCGAACGACUCAAAGUAACGCCGGAGCUCCUCCUAAUACCAAAGUUCCCGUAGGUGCUUUACCACAAUUAAACGAUCAAUCACAAAAAUCAGAUAGAGCUACAAACGCAAGUAGAGCAUUUCAUCAUCGUAGCGCUUCGACUACAGCUCAAAUGUCCAUAAGUCUAUCAAAACAAAGUUCUCAAAUUCCAAAUAAUGAUUUCAAUUUUCCUCCUUCUUCCUCUCCACACUCUCCUUUACCUGGAGGUACGGCUGAUUCUUGGAUUAGACCAGUAUAUCUUAAAGGUUUGUUUAGUGUAGCAACAACUUCGACAAAACCUCCAUCAAUGAUACGUCAGGAUUUAAUAAGGGUGCUUGACCGCAUUGGUGUUAAAUGGCGAGAAGGCAGAGGAGGUUUUGAAUGUGUUCAUAUACCAAGCAUUGAUCUAAAAUCCAUAGUUACUAACUAUGGAGGAAAGGGUGAUCAAUAUGCAGUAUCAUACGGCAUUGCAAAUCAUCAUCACGCACAUUUUAGUCGGCACGAACGUAGAGGGAGUUAUUCAUCUGGUAAUUCUGCAGCGUCAUCGUCGUCUUCAACUUCAUAUAAAGACAGUUACGCACAAGGUCAAGAUCUUCAUUUUUCGGCAGAUGGAGAAGUUCGCCUUUCGUUAUCACCCCCAAUUGGCGGGGGUUUUGGAGGUAACCAACAUGGUAGCUAUAGUAGUGGUAAUGUUCCUUCUUCAACUACAACUGCAAACGUUACGGAUUUGGUUGUUAGGUUCGAGAUAUUUAUUGUUAAAGUUCCAUUAUUACUUGGAGUGCAUGGUCUGCAAUUUCGUAGAGUUGCCGGUGAUCCAUGGCAAUACAAAAACAUGUGUUCGAAGAUUUUAGGAGAAUUAAAAUUGUGA